AUGCCUCUACCUGUGACAGAAUCAACCGAUAUUCCUGCCGAUAGCCUCAAUAUGUCUAACCUGGAAUCAGCGCUAACUAAAGUCUUAACUCCUUUUAAGGCAGAAAUAAAGGAAGCAUUAAAUUCCUACUGCCAAAAAUUGGAUAGUCUUACAGUUGUUAUAAACAAUGUGUUGGAGGAAAACAAAGGUUUAAAGGAACAGAGUACAAUACUAUCCAAUAAUCUGGUAAAGGUGGAGGAAGAAUUGGACUCCGUCAAGUCUAACUUGUUAAAUAUUACCGAAGAAGCAGUAUAUGAAGUACACCAAAGGCAAUUAAGAUCAAAAAAUAUUAUAAUCUAUAAUGUACCUGAAUCUACUAACUCAAACAAGCAGCAAAGAACUCAAAAUGAGAGUGAGAUCAUAAAAAACCUAAUUUCUACGAGAGUAGAUAUAAAUUGUGAUAAUCUGAAAUGCUUUCGUCUAGGCAAAUACUCAGCAGGCAAAAUUAGACCUGUGAAAGUCGAACUAAUGUCGUCAGAUGAUGUACUUAAAGUCAAAAUGGGAGAGGAGGUGAUCGGGGAGCGGUAUCGGCGAGCAAAAGGAAACGGCACGGCGGCCCAUAGAUCCAUCAGGAGGGAUCACACAGCACAUACAGGUCAUCUGAUAGAGGUUGGCACGCGCGUUAUCCAGAUAGCGGCUGUGAUUUACAACGGCGAAUUUCCCUCCGAAUCCAUCACGCGCCGGGAGGCGGCCUGGCCUGCCCCAGAAGAUGAAGAAAUCAAAAGCGUCAUACAAUCGGGUGAAACCCCGGAUUGGGAUAUAAGAGAGUUCCCAUGUCACACGCAAGCUGUGGAGCGUUGUGUGAAGCUAGUUACCGAAGCUUCUCUUAAGGUAUGCGGGCCGCAAUCAAGGUAUGGAUACAUUAGGGCAACACUCAAAUCGAGAGAGGCAAUUAACGAAUUCAGCAGUAAGUGA